AUGGCCAACUUCACAGGAACAGUCCUCAUUACUGGGGGCACCAGUGGCCUUGGAUACUAUGCCGCGACCGAGAUCGCAAGGCAACGUCCACAAUACCGCAUUAUUGUCGCAUCACGGAAAGACCCAGACAACAGUGCUGCGAAGAUCAACCAAAAGCUAAAGCAGGACAAUGUGGUCUUCAUGCCACUGGAUCUCGGCCACUUGGAUAACGUUCGGUCCUUCGUCCAAUCAUUGGGAGAACAGAAUAUCCCACCGAUCUCCGGACUUGUGCUGAACGCCGGACUGCAAUAUCCUGACGCAGUCAAGUACACCACAGAUGGGAUCGAGGCGACAUUUGGCAUCAACCACCUCGGGCAUGCGCUCCUGUUCUAUCUCCUGCAACCAUACCUGGCCCAUGAAGCUCGUACCGUCGUGACCGCCAGCGGGACGCAUGAUCCAGCUCAGAAGAGCGGACUUCCCGACGCAAAAUAUACCUCUGGCGAAGAACUGGCCCAUCCUACAGCAGCGACGAUCGAUAAUUCCGGUCGUCAACGCUAUUCCACAAGUAAACUGUGCAACAUCAUGUGGACAUAUGCUCUGCAUCGGAGACUGACUCGGCUGGCGGGCAAAAAGUGGACGGUUGUCGCUUUUGAUCCCGGCCUCAUGCCAGGCACAGGCCUUGCGAGGGAUGCGGGACCCCUGCUGCGUUUUGUGUGGAACAAUGUGUUGCCGUCACUUGUGCCGCUCCUCCGGCUCUUGAUUUCCGCAAAUGUCCAUCGUCCAGAGGAGUCAGGCGCCUCACUGGCUUGGGUCCUAUUGGACGAAGCAGAGCAGUCAAACAGCGGCGUUUAUUAUGAAGGCAGACAGCAGAUCAAAUCCAGCGUUGACAGCUACGACGAGUCGAAGCAGGAGGAACUCUGGUCCUGGACUGUCAACUUUCUGGCAGCCGAUGACAAGGAGAAGCGUGAUUUCCAAGUCGCUUCCUGA